AGGAUAUUUCAUAUUAUCAACAUGCAGAUCUUCGUCAAGACUCUAACUGGCAAAACGAUUACUCUGGAAGUUGAGCCAUCAGACACUAUUGAAAAUGUAAAAGCUAAAAUUCAGGACAAAGAAGGUAUUCCUCCAGACCAGCAGCGCCUGAUCUUCGCUGGUAAGCAACUCGAGGACGGGCGCACACUUUCAGACUACAAUAUUCAGAAAGAAUCUACGCUCCAUCUUGUUUUGCGCCUUCGUGGAGGUAUGCAGAUUUUUGUCAAGACCCUCACGGGUAAGACUAUCACUCUGGAGGUCGAGCCUUCUGACACCAUCGAAAAUGUGAAAGCCAAGAUCCAGGAUAAGGAAGGUAUCCCCCCAGAUCAGCAAAGAUUGAUCUUUGCGGGCAAGCAGCUUGAGGAUGGCCGCACCUUGUCUGAUUAUAACAUCCAGAAAGAAUCUACUCUUCACUUAGUCCUGCGUCUCCGAGGUGGUAUGCAGAUUUUUGUUAAGACAUUGACAGGAAAGACUAUCACAUUAGAAGUUGAACCAUCUGACACCAUUGAGAAUGUGAAAGCUAAGAUCCAAGAUAAAGAAGGCAUCCCCCCAGACCAGCAGCGUCUCAUCUUUGCUGGUAAGCAGCUUGAAGAUGGCCGUACACUCUCAGACUAUAAUAUCCAAAAGGAAUCUACACUGCAUUUAGUUCUUCGCCUCCGAGGAGGCAUGCAAAUUUUUGUCAAAACAUUAACUGGCAAGACAAUCACUUUGGAAGUGGAGCCCUCUGAUACUAUUGAAAAUGUUAAAGCUAAAAUCCAGGACAAAGAGGGCAUUCCACCUGAUCAGCAGCGUCUCAUCUUUGCUGGCAAGCAGCUUGAGGAUGGCCGCACACUCUCAGACUAUAACAUCCAGAAAGAGUCUACCCUUCAUCUCGUCUUGCGCCUGCGUGGUGGCAUGCAAAUCUUCGUAAAGACCCUUACUGGCAAAACCAUCACCUUGGAAGUAGAACCCUCGGACACAAUUGAAAACGUGAAGGCCAAGAUCCAGGACAAGGAGGGUAUCCCUCCAGACCAACAGCGUCUCAUCUUUGCUGGUAAGCAGCUUGAGGAUGGCCGUACACUCUCUGACUAUAACAUCCAGAAAGAGUCCACCCUCCAUCUUGUAUUGCGUCUCCGAGGUGGCAUGCAAAUCUUUGUAAAGACCCUUACUGGCAAAACCAUCACCUUGGAAGUAGAACCCUCGGACACCAUUGAAAACGUCAAGGCCAAGAUUCAGGACAAGGAAGGUAUCCCUCCAGACCAACAGCGUCUCAUCUUUGCUGGUAAGCAGCUUGAGGAUGGCCGCACACUCUCAGACUAUAACAUCCAGAAAGAGUCCACCCUCCAUCUCGUCUUGCGUCUGCGUGGUGGCAUGCAAAUUUUCGUAAAGACCCUUACUGGCAAAACCAUCACCUUGGAAGUAGAACCCUCUGACACCAUUGAGAAUGUGAAGGCCAAGAUCCAGGACAAGGAAGGUAUCCCUCCAGACCAACAGCGUCUCAUAUUUGCUGGUAAGCAGCUUGAGGAUGGUCGUACACUCUCUGACUAUAACAUCCAGAAAGAGUCCACCCUCCAUCUUGUAUUGCGUCUCCGUGGUGGCAUGCAAAUCUUCGUAAAGACCCUUACUGGCAAAACCAUCACCUUGGAAGUAGAACCCUCUGACACCAUUGAGAAUGUGAAGGCCAAGAUCCAGGACAAGGAAGGUAUCCCUCCAGACCAACAGCGUCUCAUCUUUGCUGGUAAGCAGCUUGAGGAUGGUCGUACACUCUCUGACUAUAACAUCCAGAAAGAGUCCACCCUCCAUCUUGUAUUGCGUCUCCGUGGUGGCAUGCAAAUCUUCGUAAAGACCCUUACUGGCAAAACCAUCACCUUGGAAGUAGAACCCUCUGACACCAUUGAGAAUGUGAAGGCCAAGAUUCAGGACAAGGAAGGUAUCCCUCCAGACCAACAGCGUCUGAUUUUUGCUGGUAAGCAGCUUGAGGAUGGCCGUACUUUGUCUGAUUAUAAUAUCCAGAAGGAAUCUCUUUGCAUUUGGUGCUUCGCCUUCGUGGUGGUCAUUAAUCAUGAUAUUGAAAUAUUUGUAAUGCAACAUAUAUAUUUCUGAUUUUUGACUAAAAACAAUGUAACGAUAUCACCAUUCUUAUUGCAGUAUUUGAUUAAAAUUUUAGCGUGGAA